GUCGCAGCAUCCGGCCGCAGCCAUGACAACACUCCAAACAUAACCGCCUGCCAGACGAGGCGUGCUGCUUGUCACCUAUACACCGGCUAUUACCGAGGCCAGCCUGGCACCCUAUAACACCGCCCGUCCCCGGCUACAGCCCCGCACAGCAUCCCAAUCAUCAUCCCUCAACUACAAGUCUCCACCAGCUGGAUCACCGACCCCCGCGCGGGGCAUGCUGGGAGAUGUAGUCUGCUGCUCGUACACUGAUUGAGACCCCUGGCCUUCUAGAACUACAAAUCCCGAAACCCCCUACGGCCGGCUGCUCCAUCCCUGAUCACAGCUUCAUUUAUCCCUAUUGUGGUGCUUCUGCUGGGUGAGAGGACGGAGACCCCUCCACUGAGGAGACUCCCAAGAAUGAAUCUGGCCGAGAUGUGCGACAAUGCUAAAAAGGGCAGAGAAUACGCACUGCUUGGAAAUUAUGACUCAUCUAUGGUUUAUUACCAAGGAGUAAUCCAGCAAAUUCAAAAACACUUCCAGAGUAUUAGGGAUCCAGUGGUGAAGACCAAAUGGCAGCAAGUGUGCCAAGAGUUAGUGGAAGAAUAUGAACAAGUGAAAAUUAUUGUAAAUACGUUGGAAUCCUUUAAAAUUGAAAAGCCUGCAGAUUUCCCUGUUGCUUUACAAGAUGAACCGGCGAGGGACCCUGCAGUCUGGCCUCCACCAGUGCCAGCAGAACACAGGGCUCCUCCACAAGUUAGAAGACCCAACAGAGAUGUAAAGCCUUUGCGAAAAGAGUCUCCAGCAAUACAGCCUCAUGGGCCAGUGGGCAGAGCCCAUCCUAUUUCAAAAAACGAGAAACCCUCUAACCGAGACAGGGAUGUCAGAGGCAGGGCGAAAGAUGACAAGGGUCGGAAAAAUCAGCAAGACGUAGGUGGAGAUGGUGAAUUAAAGAAGUUUGAUGGUGCUGGAUAUGACAAAGAUCUGGUUGAAGCUUUGGAGAGGGACAUCAUUUCCAGGAAUCCCAAUAUUCACUGGGAGGACAUUGCUGAUCUAGAGGAAGCAAAGAAGCUAUUAAGAGAAGCUGUAGUCCUGCCAAUGUGGAUGCCUGACUUCUUCAAGGGUAUCAGAAGACCCUGGCGGGGUGUUCUGAUGGUUGGACCGCCUGGAACUGGCAAAACUAUGCUGGCUAAAGCUGUAGCCACAGAAUGCGGAACAACAUUUUUCAAUGUUUCUUCUUCAACAUUAACAUCCAAGUACAGAGGGGAGUCUGAAAAGCUGGUCCGCCUAUUAUUUGAAAUGGCAAGAUUUUAUGCACCUACUACUAUUUUCAUUGAUGAAAUUGACUCGAUUUGCAGCCGUAGAGGAACAUCUGAUGAACACGAGGCCAGUCGAAGAGUCAAGUCUGAGCUUCUCGUUCAGAUGGAUGGUGUUGGAGGUGCCCUGGAAAAUGAUGACCCAUCGAAAAUGGUGAUGGUUCUGGCUGCUACCAAUUUCCCAUGGGACAUUGAUGAGGCUUUACGAAGGAGAUUAGAGAAAAGGAUAUACAUAGCCUUACCUACAGCUGCUGGAAGAGCUGAACUGCUUAAGAUAAACUUACGAGAAGUUGAGUUGGAUUCUGGAGUAGACUUGGAUGUCAUUGCUGAGAGAAUUGAGGGGUAUUCUGGUGCUGAUAUAACUAAUGUUUGCAGAGAUGCCUCCAUGAUGGCCAUGCGCAGGAGAAUCCAGGGCUUAACUCCAGAACAGAUCCGUGCACUGCCGAAGGAUGAACUACAGAUGCCUGUGACAAUGGCAGACUUUGAUUUGGCAUUAAAGAAAAUCUCAAAAUCUGUUUCUGCAGCAGAUCUAGAGAAAUAUGAAAAAUGGAUGGGCGAAUUUGGUUCUGCUUAAUGAAUUUAUACGUGUAUGUGUUAUUGAUUACACUGGUACUUUGUGUAGGUUUUAUUUUUACUCCUUUUUUGAUAUUGGCCAAUCACGCUUCACGUUUUUCACUUGAAGACCUAUACUAUGUUUCCUCCAUGGCGCAACCUCAGAAUAUUUGUUUUUUAAAGUUAGAAAAUAACCUUUUGUUUAUUAAAAUGUGACUAAUUUUAUUCCUAUCUUUGAUAUCCUUUACUGAACUGUGGGUGUCUUAUAUCUAUUGUGUCUGUGUUGAUUGUUGCAAUGAUAAUCUAGUUCUCAUUUUUAAAGUGCAAACAAAAAAAAAUGAGUAAUUGAACCAGAAUGGUUGUAAUGGACAAAAACUGCAUGUUUGGAAUGUGAGGCCCCAACUAAGUCGAUGAACAGAAAUGUAUUUUAAAUUUAAAGUUUGAACUCCGACCAAAAACAAUUUUUGGACAUUUACACUGUAAAAAUAAAUUGCCACUAAUCAA